UUUGUUAGUGUGUAUGUUCACACAACCCGUCUAUAUCCUGAGUUUAAACGGGUACUCCAACAAGAACUUUGAGAUGGUGUACUUUGUGGUCACUUCAAUCUCGCUGUAUGCAUCGCUAAACAGUCUCCUCGUGAUGACAACAAAUCGCCUCAUCGCUGUAUACUUCCCUUUGAAGUUUCAUUCCAUACUGUCGAAAGAAAAGAUUAUAAAAAUCAUCAUUGGAGCUUGGGUACUAUCAGUGGUUGAGGGGAUUCUACGCACCUUCACCGACUUCAAAGUGUUGACGUCACACAUCCGCAUAGCCGCAGUCGUGGUAUUUAUUGUUAUGUAUUGCAAGAUCUUCAUGGUUGCGAGAAAAAGGAAGAUCGAAAUAAAAAGUCAGGCAAAGUCCAUUGCUUUCAACUAUGGACAUGCUGCACGAAUCAAAUCUGAUAACCGAGCCUCUAUGACAACCGCCUUGAUCGUUGGAUCGUUUGUACUGAGUUUCYUACCAAUUACCAUCUUACUGAUGAUUGAUUCAACAAGCAAACUAGCGGUAGAGAUAUGCUUUACUAUAAUGUGCUGCUCGUCAUCAAUUAAUCCACUUGUGUAUGCCUGGAGAAGUGACCGCUUCAGAGAUGCUGUCUUGAAACUGCUACCUGGCUGUAAUCCUCGAAAUAAAGUCUUUCCCAUCUCCACACUGACUACUUUCGUUGAAAAAGAUCGUGUUGUUGAAAAUCAUGGGCUAGAAAUCGUUUCGCAAAAUGACGAGCAGCAAAGUAUGCAAGAGGYGAACCACAAACCAGUCCAGCAAAGUGAAGAACAGGCAGAUCUUACAGUACACCAGUGUGAAGGACAGGCAGAUAUUACAGUACACCAGUGUGAAGAACAGGCAGAUAUUCAGCAAAGUGACCAACAGGCAGAUAACCCUGUCCAGCAAAGUGACCAACAGGCAGAUAACCCAGUCCAGCAAAAUCAGAAGGAGCUACUGAACAGCCAAAUACAUCAAAGUAGGCAAGAAGUAAUAUCCCAUUCCAGGAAWGSAAAAAAGAUGCGAACAACUCAGCUCAUCAACGUGAAGAAACAACCAAUACCAGGAAAAAAGGGUGGCGAUUUCAGUUCAACAUAGUAAACAAAAAGUGUCAAUAUCAAUAAGUAUCAGUAUCAAUAAAGCGAUCAAUAUUCAGUAACAAAUCACCUAUACGAAUUUCCAAAUAUUAGUCUAGUGCACAUGCCUUAACCAUGACCUCAUUGCAGUCCGUCAUUGCAUUUUGUUC